GGCGCAGCGCGUCGCGGCGCCGCGCAGGCGCAGGGGGCGGGGAGGGGCGGGGCGGCGCCGGGCCCCGCCCCCCCGUGCGCGCAUGCGCAGCGCGGCGGCGGCGGCGGGACGGGACCGGCACCCCCGACAGGCCCCGCCGCGGCGAGCAGCGACGAUGGCGGAGGGGCCGCAGCCGGGGGAGGCCGGGGGCGACGGCGCCUUCGAGGACGACGAGGGAGGCGGCGCCGGGCUGCCGGAGCUGCCGGAGGACGAGGACGAGUCGGAGGCGACGUCGGUGUCGUCGGGGGACAGCGGCCCCCCCACGCCCUCCGCCAACGGCUACGCAGGGACCCCGCGGAGCCGGGAGCGAGCGGCAGCGGCGGCAGCAGCGUCGUCGUCGUCGUCGUCGCCGGGGCCGGGCCGGGGGCCGGGGGGCGGCGCCGAGGGGGGGGGCGGCGGGGGGGGCGGGGGCGGCGGCGGGGGGGCGCGGGGGGGGGCGGCGGAGUGGCACGAGUGCCCCGAGUGCGGCCGGGGCUUCGGCACCUCGCGGGCGCUCAAGGUGCAUCGCAGCUACCACGUGGGCCGCAAGCGGCCGCCGGGGCCCGGGCGCCCCCCGGGGCCCCCCCGCGCGCCCCCCCCGGCCCCCCCCGCCGCCCCCCCCGCGCCGCGGGGGCCCUUCCACUACAUCUGCGCCGAGUGCGGGCUGGGCUUCGGGGCGCCGGCGGCCCUGGGCGCCCACCGCUGCGAGCACGGCCGCCGCCGCAGCCCCCCCGGGCGCCCCCGCCGCCCCCCCGCGCCCCCCCGGCCCCCCUACCAGUGCACCGAGUGCCCCGGCGCCUUCGGCCUCGUCGCAGACCUCCACGAGCACUACAUGCUGCACGCCCGCGGCGAGCUCUGACCCCGCCCCCGCCCCGCGCGACGACGCGUCGCGACACGCCGCGACACGCCGCGACACGCCGGGACGCGCGGCGACACGUGACGAGGCGCCGUGACGCUGGGCCGUGUCGCGAGAGGCGGCGCCGGGGCCGCCCAAUAAACGCCCUUCGGCCCCGCC